GGUUAAUAACCUUAGUACAAAACCUUUUAUCUUUGAUGAAAUUUUUUCUAUAUAUGUACUUAGUGCUUGUUUGUUUGUGCCAAAGUCUUUGAUUCGGUUGCUACAUUUGUAUAAGACAUAGAGUUUAGAUUGUGAUAGCUAGAGAGAGAUGGAGGGUGAAGAAAUUGGAAUUAGAAAAGAUGUUGAAGAAAGUGAUGUUGGAAAAGAAAAAGAAAAUGAUGAAGAGGCUUUAAAGAAGAUUAUUGCAAGCCAUCCUUUAUUUGAAGUGUUAAUUGAAUCUCACAUUAAUUGUUUGAAGGUAGGAUCUGAGGAUGCAGAGGAGUUUGAUAUAACACGUGAUGAAUGGAAGAAAUUGGUGAACAUAAAGUCCAAAGAAACUACUAGUCCAAACACUUCAGAGCUUGAUCACUUCAUGGAAGCAUAUUGCAUGGCGCUGGGCAAGCUCAAAGAAGUGAUAGAGGAGCCAGCUAAAGAAGCAAAUGCUUUCAUCAAUGCAACAUAUAUUCAACUCAAAGAACUCGACGAAGGAAAUAACCUGGCAACUUAAUUAUGAUAUGAAAUAGUUAGUAAGAAUUAAUGUUGUUGAAUUAUCUAGUUAAUUAUUGCAACUUUCAUGUUCUCUUGCUAGCACAAUUUGCCGCUUAGUUAGUGCUUAUUUUGCAGAAUUUUUUCAGGAUGUUUUAAAGAUCGAAUGAUAUAUG